AUGGCAGUUCCAACUUCCAUACCUGAGGAGGAUGACCGCUCAAUGGAGCUCUCUUCGAUUGCCGCAAUCUAUCCCGAAAUUAGAAUCGACGAACGAUCCCCAUUUCGAGCGUCCCUAGACAUACCUGUAGCGCCGUCAGUUCCGAUACACGUCCGAUUCGAGCAGGGUUCUGAACCAUUCCAAGCUCCCAUGACACCGCCGACAUCACUGGACACAAAUGGAACGGGUGGGAAAGAUAAUAUCUUCAAUAUAAAUAACGACAAUGUCGCUGAGAAUGUCCAUGAUGAUGUUCAUGCUAUAUCCCAUUUACCUUUAGUGACUCUCGAUAUCGAUCUUCCUCUGGGCUAUCCGUCAGAAAAGCCGCCGAUUUUCAACAUUAGUACCAAUCCGCAGUGGCUAUCUCCGAGACAGCUGGCGACAUUGAAAGAGGAUGGCAACCGCCUAUGGCUCGAAUCCGGAAAGGACCUGGUGGUCUAUACAUAUAUUGACCACAUACAACAAAUGACAGAUGAUGUCUUUGGUAUUGCGAGUGACCAUGGUGACGAGAUUAAGCUUCCACGAGGUUUGAAGAUCGCACUUCUUGACUUUGACAUGAAGGCUAAAAGGGAAAAAUUUGAACAAGAGACAUUUGAAUGUGGCGUAUGCUUGGAGCCCAAGAAGGGGUUGAACUGCCACCGCAUGCUGCUCUGCUCUCACGUUUUCUGCGUUCCCUGCUUACAAGACUUUUACAACACAUGUAUAACGGAAGGAGAUGUGGAUAAUGUCAGGUGCAUGGCUCCAGACUGUGGCAAAGGCCCUAACACGACACAAGACGCUCCUCAGGAGGUCAUCGAUGGCACCACUUCUCGCAAGAGGAAGAGAAGAAAGCAGGACCGACUUAUCAGUCCCAGCGAACUACUCCAAAUUCCGCUGGAACAGGAAAUGGUACAGCGAUACGUCUAUUUGAAACGAAAGAAGAAAUUGGAGUCGGAUAAGACAACGGUUUAUUGCCCUCGCCAAUGGUGUCAAGGAGCUGCUCGAUCGAAAAAACACCCCAAGCCUGAUAAUCCCAUGGCUGAUGAUUUUGACGAUUCCGCAGAUGAGGAUGACGCUGUCGAAUUCGAUCCUAUGGGUGAGGAGUCUCAACUCCCACCCAUGGCCGAUAGGGUGGCUAUUUGCGAAGACUGUGGUUACGCGUUUUGUUGUGUCUGCAAGAAAGGAUGGCACGGCGAACUAGCAAGAUGCUCACCGAGACGAGAGGCUGAGCUCACAGCGGAAGAGAAAGCCACAGAGGAAUACCUCAAAAUGUACACUACUCAGUGUCCUACAUGUAAAACACCUUGCCAGAAGAAAAUGGGGUGCAACCACAUGAUCUGUUUCCAGUGCGCAUGGCUUGCGGAGGACAAUCCUUACAAGCAUUUCAAUACUGUCGAUAGCAGCUGCUACAAUCGACUAUGGGAUUUGGAAGGUGGCGAUGGUAUCGAUCCAGAUGGCGCGGAAGAGUUGCAUCGCUUGCCGGAGAAUGUAGCGGACUUUGAUUCGGACCCUGAAUUCGAAGAUGACGAUCCACCUGGGGACUUGGAUGAUGGUGAAGAUCAACCAGUCUGGGAAUUAAGCUCCGACAACAGCGACACCGACAGCGAUGACGAAGAGGGACUAGGCCGUCGACGACCACCACCUCCUGCCCCGGCACCUCCUCGAGUGAUACCAGUCGCUGGAAAUCCAAACGGUGACCCGGGAUUCAACCCGCAUGGCUUGGAUGCUGCAGGAAUGGCAGUGGCUGCCGAGCGUCAAGCGCAGGCCUUAGCAAUGGCUCAGAUUAGAGAUCGCCCGGGAGCAAGGGAAGCUUUUCCGCGACCUCCCGUACGGCCUGGAGCAGGACUACAACCCCGUCGCCAUGCGCCUGGCAACCAACCUGUUCGACAAGAAGGCCUCCAACGAUUUUUGGAAUUGGUUCAAAACGACCAAGAAGACGAAUGGGACAGUGAUGAAUUGAAUGAAUGA